AUGGUCGUGAUCACGCUCGACAACACCCUGGGCGCUGCCUUCAUUGGCUCCACACUGACCUCGAUCCUUUAUGGUCUUACCACGGUUCAGACCGCGACGUACUACACGCGCAAUCCGGGAGACCUUCCGAUUUGGAAACUCACGGUUGGGAUUCUAUGGGUACUGGAUACCGUGCAUACGGCGCUCGUGGCACACAUCGUUUACUUCUACGGUGUGACGCAUUACGGGAACGUGUUGAUCAUUUCCAAACCUAUAUGGAGCAUUGGAGCACAGCUGUUUGUUGCGACUUUUAUGGACUCCAUCAUCAGGGGCGUGUUUGGCUAUCGGAUAUGGAAAUUAUCAAACAGAAAGCACGGAAUAUCGGUGGUUUCUAUCUUGUUCAUAUUGUCAGCUGUAACGACAGGCACGGGAAUUGCAUACGGGAUCAAAAGUUACCAGGUCACCGGAUUUGAGGAGUUCCUCAACGUCGAGUGGCUGGGGUGCUGGGGUCUGGUGAUGAUUGUCUUAACAGACGUUGCGUACGCUGCGGUCCUGUGGUACUUGCUCUCCGUUCGGCGAAGCGGAAAUAAGAAAAUGGCAAUGGACGGUGUCGUUCAGACACUAAUGUUGUACGCGAUCAACACUGGGGGUUUGGUUGCGGUUUGUGCCAUUGGAUGCUUGAUUGCUUUCGUCUCCGCCCCCAACACCUUCAUUUACAUCGCGAUCUACUUCAUCCUCCCCAAACUGCUCAUGAACGCGCUCCUGAUGACCUUCAACACGCGCGAGUCUCUUCGGGACCGCAUGGCACAGGGCGGGGUCAUCCACCUCUCCGGGCUCUCGUCUGCCGCGUCGGACCGGCCGAGCGCGGGGCACAGCUCGGGCGGGAUCCGCGCGCGGACGAUGGAGGAGGGCUCGGUGGGGUCCCGCGCGCCGAAGCCGCCGUCGGGGGUGCUCGUCAUCUCGCAUGAGACGAAGGGGUCAGAGUUUGAGGGGGAGCCCUUUUGA